UGCUGUUACUAAGUUUUUGUAACCUAUCCAUGUGAUGCCCCCCAUUAGCCUGUGAAAAUGGACACUGCUGGUGUAUUUAUAGAGCAGAGUCAGCCAAGAGCACUCAUUCUUAAGAGACUAUCCGUUGCUCGCAUUCGUCAUAACCGUAUGAUAUUUCGUCCUGGAAGUCACUGUGUCCAACUUAUGUGUCCAACUUUUCUAAUUUAGUCGCUUUCUGGAAGAUAAACAGAUGAAUCCAGCGUUCUAAGUAGAAGAACAUCAAGAGAGAUACACUAAACAACUAUGGAGAAACCAGUUUUACAAACGCAGCCCUCAAUGCUGCCCUUCUUUGACACGGCUCAUGCCGUCAACUUGCUCCGUGGCAUCCACGAGCUCCGUGCGGAGCGCAAGUUCUUCGACGUCACAUUGUGUGCGGAGGGAAAAGAGUUCCAAUGCCAUCGAACUGUGCUAGCUGCCGCCAGCACCUACUUUCGCGCUAUGUUUGCCGGUACUUUGCGAGAAAGCGUCAUGGACCGCGUGGUACUCCACGAGGUGUCGGCUGAACUGUUGGGUCUCCUGGUGGACUUUUGCUACACGGGCCACGUCACUGUCACUCAUGACAAUGUGGACCUUCUUCUCAAGACGGCAGACCUUUUCCAGUUCCCAUCUGUUAAAGAGGCAUGCUGCACUUUCCUGGAGCAGAGACUCGAUGUUUCCAACUGCUUGGAGAUCCAGGACUUUGCGGAAGCGUACGCGUGCCGCGGGCUCGCCACCAGCGCUCGGGGUUUCGUACUGAAGAACAUUGUGGAACUGGCGAAGAGCAUGGACUUCGAAAAGUUGUCGUGGAAGCGCCUACUGGAGUUUGUGUCGGAUGACGGACUGUGCGUGGAUAAGGAGGAAACGGCGUACCAGAUUGCAGUGCGCUGGGUCAAAGCCGACCUGCAGCAUCGCUUGCAUUACUGGCCAGAGCUGCUGCAGCAGGUGCGUCUCCCGUUCGUACGACGUUUCUACCUUUUGGCCCACGUGGAGAGCGAUCCGCUGGUCUACCUGUCGCCGGCCUGUUUGCGGUUGGUCAGCGAAGCACGUAGCUUUCAGUCUUAUGAAUACGACCGCCAUGACCGACCCAGUCAUCGGAUGCGCCCGCGUCCCUCCACCGGCCUGGCCGAAAUUCUGGUGGUGGUGGGAGGAUGUGAUCAGGACUGUGAUGAGCUUGUUACUGUGGACUGUUACAACCCUCAAACUGGACAGUGGAGAUAUUUAGCCGAAUUCCCAGACCAUCUCGGAGGUGGCUACAGCAUAACAGCUCUGGGCAAUGACAUUUACGUAACAGGUGGCUCUGAUGGAUCACGUCUCUAUGAUUGCGUUUGGCGAUAUAACUCCAGUGUGAAUGAGUGGACAGAGGUCUCCCCAAUGCUGAAAGCCCGGGAAUAUCACAGCUCCUGUGUCGUGAAGGGUCAGCUCUAUGUAGUUGCUUCUGACAGUACAGAACGCUAUGACCACACCCUUUACUGCUGGGAGGCUCUUCCACCCAUGCUACUCCCUAUGGAUAACUGUUCUACCACGCCGUGCAGGGGGCGACUUUACGCCAUUGGCUCAUUAACCGGAGAGGACACGAUGGCCAUUCAGUGCUACGAUGUGGAUAGCAACCGCUGGUCACUUGUCAACAGUGAAGAUUUGCCUCUGUGGUCUUUCGCCCCCAAAUCUGUGACUCUAAAUGGCCUGAUCUACUUCGUAAGGGAUGAUUCAGCUGAGGUUGACGUCUACAACCCACAGAAAAAUGAAUGGGACAAAAUUAAUCCCAUGACACAAGUUCAUGUCGGAGGCAGCGUGGCAGCUCUCGGCGGUCGACUCUACGUGUCCGGCGGCUACGACAACACCUUCGAGCUGUCCGAUGUGGUGGAGGUCUAUGACCCCAGUUUGAGAUCUUGGACCCCAGCUGGUCGCCUCCCCCAACCUACUUUCUGGCACGGAAGUGUUAGCAUAUUUCGACAGUUCAUGCCGCUUGUUCCCAGUACAUUUGAGCCUAUGGAUAUGCCCGAGGCGAAUGCCAUUCACCUGCACAGACACCAACGCAACCAGGCACUAAACAACCACAACAACAAUGUCAAUCAGAACCUCAACCAAGAUGUCAAUCAAGUCCAUUGAGAGCUUUGAGACUGAAGUUGCUUAAAGUUCAGAGAACUGAGCGACGAAUAGACAAUCAGUGUUUGCAUUACUUUACCCAGUAACCUAAUGAUACUACAGCUUUAUUGUUGCAUGCGGUUUUAAUGCUGGCUGUGUUUACCUUGAAAAGAGACCGAAGUAACUUAUGAAAUAGUGCCUGGCAAAUUUCAAGCAAUCCGUAUUUUGGGAAGUGUAUGGAAGUUCCCCUCAUAAUUUAUUUUUUUCUAUUAUGCUAUAUUAUUCGGCAUGGACAUGGACAUGCAUACCUAAGCAUUCCAAAAGGUUAAUGUGAGUAUUGUUUAUAUAAGCAGAGAAUUACAUCAGUAUUUUAAAGCAUCACAGACUACAAAAACAGCAUGGUGUUUUGAUGAACAAAAAUAAGUAAAUGUACCCCAGCAUUAUAUGAAGAGUUCAGGUGCGAAGGUAUUAUACAUUCAUCAAAUACACUUAAUCCCAGCUUCAGUCCAUUCUGAAAAACUGGUUUGCUGGCAGAAUCCGUUAAAUGCAAAAAGUGCAAAAAAAGACGAAUGUGAAACAGCUGUGACUCGCAUUCAAACUUCCCUUGUAAAUACGUGGACCUGAAUACAACCUGAAUGUGGCAGCCACAUGCAUCACAGCGCCCCCUAAUGUGUGGUUCAGUUUCUUCAUUUUUAAAUUGCAAAUUCAAGUUGCAUCUUUUGUAAUUUUGCAACUGUUUACCAUUGUCUUUUCCAAAAAAUUGGAUAUUUACUACUAGAAGUGGUUUUGCAGCGAAACACAGUCAGAAUUUUGUGACAUUGUAAAAAUAAGGCAUUUCAAUUACUGAAUAAGGGGAUCACAGCAAACGCGUUUUAAAUGCUUGAAACGCAAGGCUUUUUUUGGUCACUUUAAAAGAAGAGCAGUGCGGCACGGCUUUUUGUAUUGCUAGGUAACCACCGAGGCAGCUGUCCUGUCAAUCAAAUAUUGAAGCGUGAGCGCUCUUUUGUUGUUAACUGUCAUAUUAGCAGAAACUUUUAAAAGAGGACACUUGUUCUGACCUUGAUCGAGGGUGAGAGGUGCAUAAACACACAGGAGACAGUGAGUGAUUGCUGUCCGGUUGUUCCAAGCAACUGUAAACUUCUGUCACCACAACGGAAAGCCCGCCUCUCCCCUCAUUCGAUUGGACAAUGGAAAGAUGCGAAUGAUGUUGGCCGCUGUUUUGCUCUGAUUGCUCCUUCAAAAACUGUGGUGCAGCAGGCGAAAAAAAACGCAAGGCGUUCGGCACGCAUAAACAGCGCACAUAACGCUUACUGCCCAUAGAAAAUCAUUCAAAAGGUGCAUGCCAUAAAUGCGUUUGGUGUGAUCGGCCUCUAAGGGGGCGUGCACACCAAAGCAUUUAAACGCGGCUACAAACACCAGGCAGACGCCGACUGUAUGUUGCUAUAAUACUUCUGCUUUGCUUAUCAGUCGUUGAACAAUGCCCCGGUUGGUUGUUGUGAUAUUUGUCACAAAACAAAACUCGCCAUGCUGCUGCCGUUUUUUAAAAGCGCUGCACUUCCAUUGGAAACAACUGAAAACAUACGCCGGCGUAAAUGCUUUGGUGUGCACGCAAUCUUUGAACUUUAAAUUGCGUUUUAAAGUAAAUUAUUAAACCUAAACAUAAGAGCGUGAUAAAAAGGCUCAAGACGCAUGUACAGUAGAGGGUUUAGCAUCUGAACUCUUCAUAUAUUAUUAUGUUCAUUUGUCAGACAAUCUAGAAAGCAUGAAGUGGUCACAUUUUUGUGAUUUUGUGUCUCUCUCUUAUGCUCUUGUGUAUUUUGAUAUAAAAUUCAGUUUAUGAAUCUAGUCACUGUUUAUUUGAAUGAUUGUAUAAUACAGUUCAUCAUGAACAGCUUGUGUUUAUUACCGUAAGUUGUUUGCAAUGUUUAUGAUGACAGGAAGAAUAUUGUAUUUUUAUGUAAACAUUGUAUUAGGAUGCUGUACUAAAAACUGGAAUUAGUGUUUCAGUGUAUCUCCUUAUGUGUGUAUUUUAUAAUAUCAGUACUUAUGAAACUAAUUAUUUACAAGCGGUACUUGACAUUUGUUAUUUUAUUUUUCUUACAGAAUGUUUAGUAUGUUUCAUUGCCAAAUCAUUUGUAUUAUAUGGACUUGCCAUUUUGAUUUGUGUAAUAAAGUUUGUAUGUGUGUUCGACAAAUAAAUGACGGCAGCACCGUUA